AUGGCGCUGUGGACUCCUUACGCGGAACAAGCCUUGGACUUGACCAAGACGUCCAACGAACGAGUUGAGGACCGGUCCACGAGACCGACCGUCCCUGACAUUAGAUACUCAUCAGAAUCACCGGUCGAGAACAGAUAUAAUAAUUACAUAUAUGAGUACAAUACUCAAGCAUACAAUGACUGGUCGUACCAAAAAGCUCCGUCGCCGCCGCACUCACCCGACGUCAUCGAAGUUGACUCAUUGGCUGAUGACUUGGAGUAUCAAGCCUUCGAACGAGACGCACUCCGAGCUAUGGCAGAGAAGAACGGAGGAAUCUUACUUGGAAAUAAUCCGCGGAUGAGACGAGCGGUACAGACGACACAGGAGGCUGACGACUUGUAUAGAAAACAGAGGGAGAGAAAUAACUUCGCGGCGAAACAGAGUAGAGACAGGAGGAAGUUAAGAGAAGUCAGACUAGCCUUCCAAGUAACCUUCCUCAAGAAGAAGAUUGCGGAUCUGAAGGCUCGGCUCGGAGACAAGGUCUGUGGGAGAUGUAAACAACAGUGUAGCUGUUAG